AUGUAUGAUUGUCCGGGAGUUUUCAUCCCUGACCCGGAGGCUGAAACAACUUGGAACUACUGGUAUGCACAAUCCCAGGAAAACAAGUACUUCUCGAUGGCUCAAUCGCCAUCGUUGAUGAUCUUUAUUGGCGUAAUGACUUUUUGGGACAAGGGUCGAUUUAAAAUGAAAUUCAUCCAAGAAGACGCAUCAUUUUUCUACAAAUCUAUCAGCGCGAGAAUCACUCGCAACGAUUCGUAUAUUGGAAACUCAAUGCAGAAAAAAGAGGCGCCGAUCGCCGAGACGAAACCCGACACACAGCCGCCACCCGAAGACACGAAAAUAAAGAAUGACGUGACCAGAGAAACGAAAGAGGAAGUAUCGGGGGCUGUCAAAAAGUCGAAAAAUCCUUUGUCAGCCGUCCCCGAGCGACUCCUCAACAAAAGGACUCUCAACUUCAAGGUGCCGCCCGCGAAAGUGUUUGAUGUGAAAGUGAACUCGGCUUGUCAAGUGAUCACGCUGCCAACAUUUGGCAUCAAGACCGAACAGCUGGAUUUGGGCGAUCUGAUUAAAGAUGUAAAUGGAACGGAGAUCACCGCCAAGUCGCAAUUAAACUCUUUCCUCAAAAAGUUGGCCACCGAUAGCAAAGCUGAAUAUGAGGUAAACAUCACAUUUCUUCGUGUCAUCCGUACUGAGCCUAUCCCGCUGAAUUCUCCGCUUAUCCCAGCUGCCGUCGAUUUACAAUUGGGAUUCACGUACCUUGAAGGUCACAUGCUUCUUUUGCCUCGAGGGUCGCUUGGAUUGAAGAUUAAAACGUACAACAACAAGGUUUAUGUUACUUCGACGGACAACGGUUUCAAUUGUGUCUCGAAACGAACACUGCUCGUCGGCGAUGCCAUUCUUUCUGUAUCGGUAGUGAUUGAGCGUCCCGACAGCGCGCUGGUGGCCCCAUUGGUAAGAGCGGCGCUGAUCGCCGAGAAGAGUGUCGAUACGGAUCCAAGGAUGGCCGAUGAUGUGAUUGCGAUUUGCAAAGAAGAAAUCGCUCGAAUGGUGAAGAAGGAAAAGCCGGAGAUGCGACCGAUCUUGCGAACGGCCAAGUCGGAGAGGAACAAAAAUCCGAUCAAGAUGAGAGACAAGGAAUCGACGGAAGUAGUGAUUGAUAUGGAUCCGGUCAAUCCGGUUUUGUUGGGACACGUACCGCCUCAGAUUUCGGGAAAAGACAGCUCCGACAAGAGUAACGCCAAUCGAAGAGCGGUCGGCUGCAAUGAUAAUGGCAAAUACGCGACUAUCAGCAAAACGAAACGUCCCAAUUUAAAACAUCCGUGGAAAGUU